UAAUGUCAAAGUAUUAGGGCCAAUACGUGGAUUUUUUUUUUUAAGUGAAGGAAAGCGCGGCACGGUUGUUAAAUUUUACUCGUGUUACCACAAGCUGUGAUGUAAACUAUGUUGCAAACAACUAUGAACACAAAUUUCUCAUGAAAUGAAGUCAGUUUCUGAUUAUCUUAAUUAUCUCUGGAUUACUUACAAUAACGGCUUUCUGGGGGUCACAGUUCAUAUGCUUCGACUGCAGAUCUUCGAUGCAGGGUUUAUCCAGUCGUUCCAAAGGAGGACACAGAUGUUUACUUCUGGAAAACCGCAUUCUGCAAUGGAAACAAAAGUAGAACCAUAUCCUGAGAGUGAAGAGGAAAUAGAACCAUACAGUGACAAUGAAGAAGAAAUUGAACCAUUUCCAAAUGAUGUAGAUGACCAACUGGAAGGAAUAAGUGAGACACAUAAUGAAGCUUGCAAAGGCAUCAAUUGUGCCAACCAUGAUGGAAUUGAAUUAAGGCAGAAAGCAUGUCCUCAAAAUUGCAUAUCUAGACUUUCAAGCUACGAUCUACUGGAAUUAAGGAAAAAUAAACCAAGCAGUCAAAAAGAACAUACACAGUGGCUUUUAGACUUCUUUUUUGAACAUUCAACCCAGGACACAGUUUGCCAUCUUGUCUGUGGAAAAGAAAUCUGUGAAAAAUGUUGGAGGGAAGUUCAUAAAGUUUCGAUAUACAAAUACAACAAAUAUCUUACUGAAAGCAGAAAUGGUGUCAGAGAAAAGAUUCAUGCAAACACAGCAUCAGUGAGACCUUCCAUUCAAAACAGUGAACUGAUAAAGACUUUACAGAAAUUAAGUUACAUAAAGGAAUCAAAGGUUGUCAAGAAUGUCUGGGAUUUUAAAGAUUGGAUGGUACAUCACUCGGUGAACAACCAUGGUCUAGGAGACCAGUAUGAAUUCAGAAUCCAUGCUCUUGACAAAGACAGCAGAGCCCCCAUCUUCCAUUAUAGAAGGGGUGAAGGUGAGAGAUGGCUGCCAGACUGUGAAGAUGAAAACACCUUUGAACAUCAGCAGGAUAAGUGUGGGAUUCGAAUUUUUAAGGACAUGGAUUUUUUGAAAAGAAAUCCUAAAUGUGUGGUGCCUACAGACAAGAGCAUGUACCUAAGCAGAAUUAUUCAGGAAACCUGCCCAAAGCUGUUGGAGUCUGGACUUCUCAAACCUGCUGAGAAGCAAUGGUGGGAGGAGUUCUCAUCAACAGUGAGGGAAAGCUAUCUUACACCAUCAAUCAAUGUAAACUUCCCCUUGGAAAACUUGAUACAUGUUAGAAGAGAAUCAAGUGAAUCUUCCAACUCCAUUGCCUCAGUAGAGAGAACACUCCAAGAGCUGGUUGAUAAGACAAAGAGAAAGUCAUUGGUAUACACUGGCAGGUACUUAACACAAAAGAAGAGGAAAACAGCUGGCUGAACUACAUGAAUAAAUAUUAUUUUUAUCUCUAAUACAGUGUUCAAAUUAUAUACAGAUGUACUGCAGAUUCAUCUUUUGUAGUGGGGGGUAGGGGCAUUGAAAGAUUCACAUUAAGGUCAUUGUCAAUGCAUAAAACUAUUUAUAAACAUUCUGAUUAAGUGUCCAUUUGUUUGAAU